AUGAUUGAUAACCAAGAUCAGGGUUGUAUUACAUAUACAACAAAUCACUUACUGUUUAUGGAUGAUCUAAAAAUAUUUUCACAAAAAGAAGAUACAAUGAUGAAUAUGAUGAAUGAGGUAAAUAAUUUCUUCGAAGCUGUCGGACUGGAAAAAAAUGUCGAAAAGUCUGCAACUAAUCUCACAAACCUUGGGUCUGAAGCUAAAUUGCUUGAUGGGAUGGAAGGUUACAGAUAUCUUGGAGUGUUAGAAGAUAGAAGAAGCGAUGUAUUGAAAAGCGAAGUAUUGAAGGCACUCUUUGGGGAACUAAAAAAGAGGAUCGACAAUUUUUCCAAGACCAAACUAAACUCGUGUAAAUUAUUUAAAGCCAUAAAUGAACACGCAUUAUCCCUCUAUAACUAUUAUAUUGGGCUUGUUGACAUUGAGCCACUUGAGUUUGAACAAAUUGACAAAAAUGUACGCAGCAUUCUUGUACAUCAUCAAAUUCAUUUGAAGCCUACAAACAAGGAAAGGCUUUACCUCCCAAGAGAUCAAUUUGGAAGAGGAUUUGUAUCCAUUACUCAUAAAAGUGAACGGAUACUACUUCAAUUCCUCCGUGAUCUUGGAAAAAAAUCUCGUUACUGCAUAUGA